AUGACCCGCCUUACCCGCCCAGAGGUCAAGGUCAAUGACCCUUAUCUCAGUGAUGAAUUCUACUGCCGCUCAAUUGAUCACACACCUAAACGGAUCAGAAAGAUGGAUAGCGAAUAUCCUGUAGUCUUCUAUUAUAUGCAGGAUAUCGACAGCUUGAUCGAUACCCUAUAUUUAUCUCUUAUUGAGCGCAACGAAGCACGAUUCUAUCUCACGCACAAGGCGAUGCAGAAUCACACGAAACAAUACGGUUACCCUUCCACUACGCGGCCCACUGGCAGCUUUGAGAAGUUCAAAGAGCAAGUCCUGCAUGGAAACAAAAAGGAUAUUCGGUGGACCCAGAGAGCGCAGUGGACAGCUGAUGUGCUUUACCAUAGGCACAUGAGCAUGACACAACCAGAAGAUCUCCAAAAAGCCAUAGAAAUUAUUGAACAAGAGGAUCAACAAGUUCCACUGUUGAUGUCGAAUCUAGUCCGACUUGGGGCAUAUCUGAUUGAGAGGUUCGAAUGGAGUCAUGACGAAGUCGAUGUUGAGCGGUCCAUUGACGCUCUAAAAGUUGCGCUUGAUUUGGUACCAUCGAGCCACCCAUGUCGUGGUAUUGUCGUUACACUCAUGAUGCGCAGUAUCUCCGGUAGAUGUCACACACUUGGUCAGCUGGGUUGGCAAGAUGUCACUAAAAUGAUGACGCUAUGCAAUGAACUGAAAUCAUUAUCACCAACAACCGAACAGUCUGUGUUGGUUCUGGGGGCAAGCGCGAUGCUAGACGCACACGAAAUGAGUGACCAAGGCAUUAGUCUACUUCAGGACGUUAUUAGGACUUUGUCACGAGAUGAUUACAAAAAAGGCCUUUCCCAAUUGGGGUUGGCAUUCAUAAAGCGAUUCAAGCGUUCUAGAGUACUUUCGGAUAUAAAUACCGCAGUUGAUUUGCUGUAUGAGGUGGUUAAAGAUCCAGAGGGAGGGGGAGACCAGUCAGUCUAUCUGGCACAUCUGGGUCUGGCAUUCCUUACAAGGUUUGAGGUCCUAGGUGAUGUCGCAGACCUCGAGAAAUGUAUACUACAAUAUGAAGAGUCAGUGAAGUUGGGGAUAUCAGAUGAUAGGACGCGAUCAGGGAUGUUGGCCGAGUUGUCAGACGCAAUUCACUUGCGAUAUCUGCGAUUGGGGGAAGUAUCCGACCUUGAGAGAUCCGUCGAUUUAUCAAGAAGGGCGUUACGCGCUAUGCCUCAGCCUGGUGACCAUGAUUUGAGUACGCACAACCGGUUGCGUCGACUAGAAUACAUCGUGGCCAUCAAAUCCAAUAUGCUCUAUCAGACCAGACCCGGACGUUAUCACCAAGAGGCGCCAAAUGCACAAAGUUGUAUAGACCAUGCACUUCACAUCUCUCGUGAGUCGCUGAGAAGGGCUUCGUACGCAGCACCCGAGAGGUUUGAUUUGCUAUCUAGCUAUCAUAAACUGCUUAGGGAUCGCGUCAAAUCUCAUGAGCAAGCGGCGGAUACUUUACUAGAGAAAAUUCAAAUAGAAGAAGAGAGAUUUGUACUCAUCCCACUAGAUGAUGAUUCUGAGCGCUUGGAGAGCUCCGCGGAGAUCGCCGCCGACUGGUUCGCGUAUCAUAUUGUCUGGCGCCGGGAUCAACCACUGGGUGUUCUAAAGGCAAAGGAGAUUUACAAACUUUGCAAAAUGGUUUUGAGGUCCAAGCUUGCGACACCAAAAAGCCGGAUAAUGUGUUCAUUUCUUGCUAUGAGUGUUCUUAUUGCUUGCCCUGAGCUUAUUGGAGGUCAGAAGAGAUGGGAGAAAGCAUUCACAAUAUGUGCGGAAGGAAUUGCAGUUCUCCCCACAAGAGUGCCUCAAUAUUGUCAACGCAAUCACCGACACCGCGCGCAAAUCGAUGGCCAAACUCUCGGAUCAAUAGCGGUGUCCGUAGGCCUAAACGCAGGAAAACCAGCAUCCCAUUGCUUGGCAGUCCUUGAACAGAGUCGAGGGAUUAUCCUAGGAUUCACAAUCGACUGCAGGAGUACUACAGGGAACCUUCAGGAGCUCCAGAAAAUAAAUCCUGACCUUUUUGACAAAUUCAAUACCCUACGUAGCCGUGUCGACUCCCCAAGCGAAAAUCGUGAAGAGCUAUUAUCUAGGUUUCCGAUUAGCCCCAGUACUUUAGAGCGGAGAGCCACGGAAGAAAAUCUAAAGCGACAGAGAAUGAUUAACGUCGAUGAGCUUUCAAAAACAUUGCAAGAAAUUAGGGGGCAUCCGGGAUUCGAACGGUUCCAGUUACCGCCUUCUUAUGAAGAGCUUAUUGAAGUUGCCAAAGACGGCCCAGUGGUGAUUGAAGUGUGUACGAGCACUCGAAGUGAUGCGAUAAUUGUCACAAGAUCGUGUAUCAAGUCUAUACCACUUCCCAAUCUCACCCACUCCGUUGCGUGCCGUCGAAUCAAAGAGCUCAACACCAAGAUAAUUCCCGGAGGAAAAUCUUCGUACCAAUUAAGAUCCGCGAAGAUGGAAAGGUUUCUGAUUUGGCUAUGGGAUACAGCGGUUGAGCCUGUGAUCGAGGAGCUGAAGACGCAAGGCAUCGUUUCUUCAGGCGAUGUGCUUCCUCGGAUAUGGUGGAUUGGUGCAGAUAUCAUGGGUUUAGCUCCGUUUCACGCCGCUGGGGACCAUUCCCCUGGAUCAACCAGAAAUACUCUAGCCUACGCAAUCAGCUCCUACAUCCCAACACUUAAAGCCCUCUCUUACGCUCGGGAGAGACCUUUGGCAUUCCCACAUGGUGACUCGAGUCUGCUCAUUGUUGCUACGCCUAAAGUGCGCGGUCAAUCGCGACUGAACCAUGUUAAUAGUGAGGUUGAGUCAAUCGUGAAUCUGUCACCGGAAUGGAUUAAGACCGAGAUCCUCAAUAGUCCCAGUUCCGCUGAGGUACUCAAACAACUUCCCUCAUUCGGUGCGGUUCACUUUGCAUGUCAUGGAUUCUCCAAUAUUAAUGACCCUUUCAACAGUCAUUUGUUGCUCCGGGACGUUGAGAAUUGCACCACCGGUGUUGAUAGAUUAAGCGCUGAGGCAAUAUCAGAUUUUGUAUUGGACAAACCGGAGACUGCAUAUUUAUUGCCACCAGGGUUUAAGUCCGAGAGCCUCCAGGGUCUAAGCGCCGAUGAAACACAUGAAAGACUCGUCUCAUUAGGCGCAUUUCCCUAUGCAUGUCCAAUAUAUUCUGAUGAGAAUAACCCUUUCAAGAGCCUUUCGCUACCCCGUGGGGGUAAGGAUUGCACCUACGGUAUCGAUAUAUUAACAGCGGGGGCAAUAUCAGAUAUCAACAUGGAACGGGCACAAAUUGCAUAUUUGUCAGCCUGUUCUACCGCCAGAAUUUCAUCCAGGAAGCUUGCAGAUGAGUCAGUUCAUAUAGCUAGUGCCUUUCAACUUGCCGGAUUUAGUCAUGUACUUGCAAAUAUGUGGCCUUCGGACGAUGAUGCUUGCCUAAAUGUUACUACCGAGUUUUAUCGUAAACUAUUCGAGAGUAGCAUUUCCGAGAGCGAUUGUGGGCAUCGAAAGGUCGGCGCUGCGUUCCACUACGCAGUCAAGAAGUUAAGGGACAGCUCAUGGAAAGAACCUCUGCUGUGGACACCAUUUAUUCAUACAGGCGCAUGA